UACAAUGACAGUUCUCUUGCCAUAUCUAUCUCACUCCGUCUAUUGUUGUUUCUCAAUUCUAUUAGUUCAUAUGGCAAGCAUUUACAUUGUGUGUUUGAUAGUGAAAAGUUGUGUUAUGUUUUUCAAUUAGAGACGAAAAAAGAGCAACAUCAAUUAAAAUUAAAUAAAAGUAUUAAAAUUUAAGAGAGAAUACAUCUUCGGCACGCGUAUCAAAUACAAAGUGUAGACAAUUCGAUAGAAGAUUGAAGGAAGUGAGAUUAAAAUAAAAAAGAAAACAAACAAACCACAGAGACAGCCCUAUUCAUCAGACACAACAUUUGUAAACAGCAUUUGCAAUUUAAUUGCAAGCACUUGAUAAUGGUUUUGGCGCAUUCGCCUAUACCAGCUGACAAUUUCAUUGUAUUUAUGCUUGUAACAUGCAAAAAAUAAAAUAAAAUUGCAAUCUAUAAAUUAUGAUGUGCGAUCCGAUAAAAUUUCAAACAAAUGGCAAACGUAUUCAUUCAUUUGUAGCGAAAUUCAGUGCCUGUAUCAAAUGUCACACAGAUGCCAUCAUGGGACUUGGAAGACUGAAAAAACUUUUAUUUUUGUUUCUAGUCAAAAUACCGGCUAAAUACAAAAUGACGGCAUUACCAACAUCUCUGCGGCGUACGCUGCUCGCUCUAUUGGGCUUUACAGUAACGAUCUUUAUAAUGGUUUUUUAUUGGAAUCAGAAUCCACCGCGACCAGCGGCAUUAACGCUAAAUUCAAUUUUUACAAAAGUUGAUGUGCCAACUCCGCUUGAAAGAUCCUGGACCUAUCGAUGUGUUGGAGAUCGAUGUGUUCGGGAACAUUAUCCAGCUGGCACAAAGCGUAUACCAUUCAUGAGCUGUGCAAUGAUCUGUGGCACAUCAAAUAUAUGGCCAAUGCCCACAGGCAAAAUAUCACUUAGUAGUCGGUCGUUAACAUUCAAAUCAAAUCAAUUGCAAUUCGAUGUAAAAACAAAAUUUAGCGAGGCCAAACAAUUGCUGAUUAGUGCAUACAAUGUGUUUCUAUUCGAUUUAAAAUCGCUUGAGCAACAACAUGCUCAUCACACUCGCACACAAAGUGAUUUAUAUAAAAACAGUAUUAAUGACAACAACAAACAUCAAAAGAACGGUGAAAAGACGAGCGAUGACAUGGAUGAGCCGCAGGCAAACAGUGCAAAUGUAGAUGAAAAUGCAAAACAGAGCUGUGAUAUUAAUAAAUUUAUUAUAAAUGCCGAGAUUCAAUCGAUUGGCGAUGUUUUUUUAAAUAUUGAUACGAAUGAAAGUUACGAGUUAAAUGUGACAAAUUUUAAUGGAAACGUGCAUGUUCAAUUAAAAGCGAAAUCAUUUUUUGGCGCUCGACAUGGUUUAUCAACACUGCAGCAAUUAAUUUGGUUCGAUGACGAAGAUAAUUUACUUAGAGUUUUAAGCACAGCCCAAAUAAUCGAUGAGCCCAAAUUCAGAUAUCGUGGUUUUAUGUUGGACACGUCACGAAAUUAUUUUUCAAUCGAAACGAUAAAGAGAAUAAUUGUCGGUAUGGCUCAUGCGAAACUCAAUCGAUUUCAUUGGCAUAUAACCGAUUCACAAAGUUUUCCAUACAUGUCGAAAGCAUAUCCACAAUUAGCCAAAUAUGGAGCAUAUUCGAGCAAAGAGAUAUACACUGCCGAUGACAUCAAACACGUAGCCGAUUUUGCACGUAUCCGGGGCAUUCAAAUCUUGCCUGAAAUUGAUGCGCCAGCACAUGUUGGAAAUGGUUGGGAUUGGGGACCAAAAUAUGGAAUGGGCGAACUCGCGAUGUGUAUCAAUCAACAGCCGUGGAGUUUCUAUUGCGGUGAGCCACCGUGUGGCCAACUAAAUCCAAAGAACAAUCAUACAUAUUUGGUGCUGGAGAAAUUGUAUAAUGAACUCAUUGAAUCGACUGGUUUAACUGAUGUCUUCCAUCUUGGUGGCGAUGAAGUAAAUUUAGAAUGCUGGAGCCAAUAUUUUAAUGACACUGAUUUGCGUUCAUUGUGGUGUGAUUUUAUGCUACAAGCAUACCAAAAAUUAAUCAAAGCCAAUAAAAAUACAGCGCCAAAAAUUGUUGUGGUAUGGAGUAGCGGUUUGACCAGUUCGCAGUGUUUAUCGCGGCAUAAUUUUGCGGUUCAAGUAUGGGGCGGCAGCACGUGGCAAGAAAACUAUGACUUAAUUAUGAAUGGAUUUAAUGUCAUUGUGUCACAUGUUGAUGCAUGGUAUUUAGACUGUGGAUUCGGUAGCUGGCGAUCAACUGGUGAAGGCGCAUGUUCGCCGUACACAAUAUGGCAACGUGUUUAUAAACACCGUCCAUGGGAUCGAAUGCACUUGGAUCCCAUUAAAAUGAAGCAGAUUCUUGGUGGAGAGGCGUGUUUAUGGACAGAACAAGUAGAUGAGGGUAAUAUCGAUUCUCGAAUUUGGCCCAGAACUGCUGCAUUCGCUGAACGGUUAUGGUCUGAUCCCGGUGAUAGCAAUGAUUUGGAUAUUGUGCCGAAAGAGACAUUUAGCCGCCUCUCAAUAUUUCGCAAUCGACUAGUGGAAUACGGUUUGGAAGCUGAACCAAUGUUUCCAAAAUAUUGUGCCCAAAAUCCAGAUGAAUGUUUGUGAUUUAUUGCAUUCGAAUGAGAUGGGGAGAGGGGAUGUAACCGACUAUUUAUUAUUCCUCAAUCUAUUUUCUCCGAUACCAAUAAAAAUAAAUGUGUUGAUUGUUUGAAUCAUUUUGAAGAUGUAAUCGUAAUGCGCAUCGGUUACGACUGCAAUUUGCGCACCUAAAAACCGAUAUUAGACUUUUAAUGGAAACACACUUAUAGCCUGAUAAAAACAAGCAAAUUACUGUUUUUUUCAUCUUUAUUUCACCUGAUUGUACAAUACUUUGAGUUGGCCAUUUUGAUAUCAUGUGUACAUAUUUAUGGAAUGAAAUUAAUUAAUCCAAGCCGAUUAUUGAAGCCAAUAUUUCUUUCGAAAAAAAAAAACAAACAAAACGCAUUUUCAAACACAAAAUUCUCUAUUAUUUCCACAUCAUUUAUUACCUUUUAUUUAUACGUUUUUAAAGAUGAGAGAUUGAUUUCAUUGCGUUCAUUCCAAUUUAAGAAAUUUAUUUAUUUUGUUUUUGUUUGUUUUGUCGAAAACUAUAAAUCCUUUUUUAUAUAAAUACUUACGGUUUAUUUUCGUAGCAAUCGAUUCAAAAAAAAAAAAAUCUGCCAACCCCGAACGAUUACUUGGAACAUUUAAUGGGACAGUGAAUGAUGAUGAGAAAAUCUUUCCCUAAUGUAUUCUUAUUUGAUUAAUGCCCAAAUUCAAUCACAUAAAAUGAAAAUAAUGAGAAAAUAGAAAACAGAUCUAGAUUGAUUUGUAAUACAUUUACAAAUUCCGAAUAACCUAUUCCCUUUAUGUAUCUAUAUCAUUAUAAAUAACAUAUUUUUAUGGAUUCGUUUUGAUUCUAUGAUGUUAGAUGUAAAUUAUAAGUUGUAAAUUUUGUUAUCGGUUUCAAAUUUCAUAAUAACAUACAGAAACAAAAAAAAAAAUGUGAAAAAAAGUUCGGUUUUAUGACAUGCGAACAAAAUCUAUAUCUUAUGGCAUAAGAAAAAAAAAUAUCUGAGCAUGCAAUUUUUAUUCGGAUUGUUUAAUCAACUUUUUUUUGUAUCAAAAUUAGAGAAUGAAACUGAAGAAAUUUUAAAUUGUUCAAAACUAAUUAAAUAUUAAGAUGAUAAAAGACACCACGAAUAAUUAUAGAAUUGUAAAUUAUCAUUAAUUUGAAUGAUAUUCUGAGAAUGAAUUUCUUAUUUGGCAUUUUUGGAGCGAAUGUAUUAUUUUUUUAUAUAAUUCAAAAUCAAAAUUAGCAAUCAACAAAAUGUUUCACAUGAUGUUAGAAUAAGGUGUUAUUAAAUAUGGUGCCCGGACAAAGAGAGAUGUUUUGAUGAUUUCUUGAUCAGGGACCAACAAUGAAUGAAAUAACGACGAAUGAACAUUAACAAAAAAAAUAAACCAUUUAAAUUUACUAAUUUA